AAUCAAAAUAAACAGUCAUGGCUGAGGAACCUGCUGCUGUAGUCCAACUACUCCGACUCCAGAAAGCAAAGCUAGUUGAGAUUCUUACAGCCGAUGCAGACUUUGUUCUGCAGCACGCUGAUUCUCGAUGUCUGCUUUCUGAACACGGCUACCAGCACGUGAAACAUUGUCGCACUCCAAGUGCAAAGGUGACAGAACUUUUGGAUCACAUCAUGCAGAGAGGUCCUGGAGCAGCGCAGGGACUACUGGACCUGCUGAAGGAACCAGACUUGCAGAAGACCUUUCCCAUGCUGGAUUUUGUAAAAGACCUUUAUGUCAAUACAGUGUCUUCAGAGAAAAAAGAAACGAAAAGGAAACGGAGAACAAAGAACAGAAAGAGAACAGAGGUUUCUGAACUACAAGAUAUAAUUCCAACCAAAAAGAUCUGCAGCAGUGGUCAUGGUUUAGUAACAGAGAAGCAGCUGAUGUCUGUGGCUCGUGCUUUCGGCAAAUCUUGGAGGGGGAUCGGCAGACAGGCUCUGGGCAUCCCGUCUGUGAAGCUGGAGCAAAUAGAAGAGGAUAAUUCUCUCCAUGUGGAGCGAGUCUUUGCCAUGCUGCGUUACUGGAGUAAAGUCCAGAGGGAGAAAGCCACUGCUGCUCACCUGCACUCCCUCCUAAGUCAGGGAGAUGAAGCUCUACCUCCUGAAAGCAUCGACUUUCUGCUGGAGGCUGACUGAGGCCUUCGCUGUUUGGGCUGAAAACCUCCAAGAAGAACAGCUUUGACUGGAGAUCACAGGAGGAGAG